AUGUCCGCUGAAGUUGUUACCGAAGUACCACAAGAGACGAAGAAGGAGGUCAAGAAGGAACUGAUCCCUGCUCCUGCUCCAGUGACCUCUCCAUGGAAGUCCACGGCUACCGCGGAGUCCAUGCCAGAGUUGAAAGUUGCUGAGCUCUUGGAAGAAACCAGAAAGAGAAAGAACAAGUCGCCACAGCCUGCCAUAAAGUCUUCGGCGAACACCAAGUGGGUUCCUAUCCAGGUCUCAAUCACAGUGUCAAAUAACGUGAACAGCAACAACAACAGAAAGAACAACAACAGAAAGACUCGUCAAACACCAAAGAGAGCUCCUUCUGGCCCUUCCAACUCGAACCAACAGGCAAAACAAUCUACUCCAAAUAGCGAAUCCAAGCAAAACCAACAACAACAGGAGGCUCCACAACAGACUCAAAAUGAGAAGCCUGUGGCUCCAAGCAUGGCAGAAGCUAAGAAGACUGAAGAAAUUGCAUCCGAACAACCACAAUCACAACAAUCCCAAACCACUCAAAAACCAUACACUAAUCAAAGAAGAAGAUACAACAACAGUCCAAACACUCACACAACGAAGCAAUUUAGACCAUCUUCGAAUAACAGCAAUAGCACCUUCAACAACGGCGAAGCCCCUCGUCACCCACAGCACAACAACCGUUACAACAAACACUCAAACCGUGCUCAAUACUCCGGAUACCGUUCUCACAACCAUCAUUACAACAACAGAUACCAGAACCGCCAAAUGGUAAAGAUUGAUCAAUCUUUCUACCCACUACAGCCAGCUAUGAUGGCCAUCAACAACGUUGCUAGACAAAUCGAAUAUUACUUCAGUGCUGAUAACAUGAAUAAGGAUGAAUUUCUUAAGACUAAGUUGUCCAAGGACGGUUAUGCUCCUCUAGAACUGAUAUCCAAGUUUUAUAGAUUGGUUAACAUGUCCUUUGGUGGUGAUCAAAAUAUCAUUCUAGCUGCUUUGAGAGAGAUUGUAAACAACGCCGAAGCUACUGUCGAAGUUGCCAUUGCUGGUGAGCAAUCUUCUGAAACAGAACAAGCCGAAUCUUUAUUGACCAAAUACUACAUUCGCUCAAAGGAAUUUUCCCAAUGGGUUCCAGAGACCGUUACUAAUGAAUUUGUCGCCGAAACCAUCUUAACUGAAGGCUCUCUAGAAAGGUUCAUGGCCCAAGUGAUAACCCCACCACCCAGAUCUUAUAACCACCAUAAGACCACCCCAGAAAACCAAACUGAGGAUGAAUCCAGUAAAGAAUCCAACGAAGGAGAAACCGAGAAGUCUGACGAAUCCGUUGUGCAACAGCCUGAAUCAUCAUCAACUGAAGAACAAUAA